AUGUUCGCAACAGCCAACCGAUAUUCUUCACUUAAUAUUGACGAUGACGCUACAGGUCAUACAUCCUUACAUACACAAUCUAACUUCGGAAUUAACUCCCAAACUCCUGAAAUGAACAACGAAAUUAAAAUGAAAUUACCUCCUCCUAUAUUUAUCCGUGAAGUGUUAGAUUUUGUUAGCUUUAGGCAACAAUCGAUCUCUUUAAUCAGCCCAGAAAACUUCUUGUUCAAGUCUUCUACAAACGCACUAAAAGUGCAAACAACCAAUCCAGAUUCCUACAGGAAAACUAUUCACUUCUUAAGAGAGGAGAAAGCCCAAUUCCACUCCUUCCAACUACAAGAAGAUAAAGCUUUUCGCAUAGUCAUUAGAAACCUACACCCAUCAACACCAACUACUGAUGUCGGCAUAGCCAUUGAAGAUUUAGGCUUUACUGUACGUCGAAUAGUAAAUGUUCUCCAAAAGGUAACAAAAAGCAGCUUCCGAUGUUUUUGUUGAUCUGGAACCAGCUAUAAAAAACAAAGAUAUAUUUAGUUUAACGUCCCUACUUCAUACUAAAAUAAAAGUGGAAGAACCCCAUCAACGUAAAGAUAUAAUGCAAUGCCACAACUGUCAGGAAUACGGCCACUCGAAAAAAUACUGUGCACUCUCCCCAAGAUGUGUCCGUUAUGGAAAAAACCAUCCAUCUUCAGCGUGUAAAAAAUCUAUGAAACCCCUGCUAAUUGCGCACUCUGCAACGAAAUCCAUCCGGCUAACUACAAAGGUUGCAAAACAUACACGGAGCUUCAAAAUCACCGGAAUUUCUCCACCAAUCGAAAUAAUGUUAACAAAACAAACAAUGUUAGCCCUAAAUUUAAUAACUGUGAAAGUUCCCAGCGGCCAACACAAACCACCAACACAACCCUAGACCCGUCAUAUGCUCAGGCAACAUCUGGUCAAAAGUCUACCCCAUCGAUACAAAAUAUGAAAAACGAUCUUACGACAUUUAUUAAAAAUUUUCAAUCUAUUAUAAAUCCGCUAAUAGCCCUCCUCACUACAGUCCUCGAUCGCCUAUAAUCUAACAAUGUUAAAUAAUUAAUUCACUUCCCAGUCCCUACUUAUCUUUUUGUGGAAUGCCAACGGCUUAAAAAACCAAUUUUAAUAAAACUGUUGAAGCAUAUCGUUUUUUAGAUGGUAAUAAACUUAAAAUCCAAUUGUAAAUAUUCUAAAAAAAAAUCGAUUUUCGUGACUUCUUCAGUUCAUCUAUGGAAAUUCAUAAUUAAGAAUACUUUUACUCUGAUAAUUUCUAAAAGCUAUUGAAUUUUAUAAACAAUUUUAACUGUCUAAAGACUACAACUCAAGCGAAAAAUAUUUCGUAAUUUUCACUUUUAGUAAUUUCUAAAAAAUUAUUAAUUACUCCCUUAAAUGAAAUCCAAGCAUUUUUUUCAAUAGUUGUUUCAAAUUUAGAAAGUCAUUGUCCAUACAUAAUGUUCUUAUUUCUGGGCAUACAAAAAUACACUCUUUGAGCUUAGCUCUUUUUUAAACAGCCAGAUCAUUAUAUUAAACAAAUAUGGGAAAAUUACCAAAAUUAACAACAACCCUAUAUGAUAAGAAAAAAUAUAUUCUACAUUAAAUUAAUCUUAGAGUGUAUUUAAGUUUAUGUUUAAAAUUAGAGAUAAUACCUGAGGUAAUAUAAUUUAAUCAAAAAGAUUGGUUGAAACCAUAUGUAGAAUUUAACACAAAUCUUCGUGCAAAAACAGAUAAUGAAUUUGAAAAAGAUUAUUAUAAGUUAAUGAACAACAGUGUAUUUGGUAGGACUAUGAUGAAUACAAGAAACCAUAAAGAUACAAAAUUAAUUAAUGAUGGGAAAUAUUGGAAAAGUGGAUUGCUAAACCAAAUUUUGAUCUAGCAACUAUUUUUACAGAAUAAUAGUAGCUGCAUAUAUGUAAAAAGCUUUGGUUGAAUUGAAACAACCAAUUUAUUUAGGAAUGUGUAUUUUAGAUCUAUCUAAAUCUCGAAUGUAUGAUAUUUAUUAUAACGUAUAGAAAAAAAUGUAUGGAAAAAAUAUUAGACUAUUAUACACAGAUACAGAUUCUUUAAUAGUAUAAAUUACAACUUUUUAAUGAAUUUAAUUUUUCAGAUUAUCCUGAAAAUAAUCAAUAUGGAAUACCCUGAAUAAAUAAGAAAGUUCCAGGUAAAUUUAAAGUUGAACUUAAUGGUCAAAUAAUGACUGAAUUUGUUGGAUUAAUAUCUAAAUUAUAAACAUUUAAAGUAUUUGAAAAUAAAAACGAAAUUAAAAAAACAAAAGUGUGAAAAAACCCAUAGUUAAAAAUGAGUUAUGUUUUAAUGAUUUUUAUAAUUGUUUAAAAAAUAAAGAUCCUGAAUAUGUAAAACAGAACACUUUUAGAACACUUUUUGAAUCUCUUGUAUAUAUACUCAACGAAAAAUAAUUUGAUAGGUAUCUAUUUCAUAACAUGUUUUCACUGUUUAACAUGAAUUUAAUCGUGAAGAUACUGGAAAUACUAUUUAAAAUUUGUCUCGUAUCUAUUAUCCCGUAACAAACAAAUANUAAUUGUAUUACUAAUAAUUUCAAAGGGGUAGGUUUUAAAGGUUAUCGCUUUGGGGUUCCCUAAAGUGUAUGUCAAAUGUUAUUGUGCACGUUUUUUCUUUAUUAAAUAAAUGCAAUAAUUGGCUAGUCCGAAUUUGGUUCCAUGAUAAUUACCCCGGCAUCAUAACAAGUCACAAUACAGAUAAAAUAUUUAAUUUAAUAAAUAAUUAUUUUGACAUGUUUUUGGUGAAGCCUAUAAUAUAGACAACCAAUAACUAAUCAUGUGUCAACCUUCGUAAUAUAAAUUUAUUACCCAUUCAUUAUUUUUGCUUGGAAUUUAAUUAAAUUUAUAUAUAAUGUAUAUUUCCCUUAAACUUUUACAGAUAAGGGUGAAGAGCUUUGUAUUAGCUCAUUAUAUUUCUGUGUUCUACGAUGCUAUAAAAAGCCCGAUUUCUAUCCCGAUACGAAAUACAAAUUUUGACUACACUGAAUAUAACUCCGAUAACAAAUCUGAUGGAGAUAAUGAAGAAAAAUGUUCCCAUAUUACAGCUGUUGAUAAGUACUGUGUGGUAUGUGUUUUUAAUUUUUUAGUGAAGUAUAAUUUAUACAGCAACGCUUAUCCUGGUCUCUACGACUGCUACAAAUUACUACUUACUCUGUCAGUCACUCAAGUAAGCUGUGAACGUGGAUUUUUAAAAUUAAAAUACAUAAAAUAAUAUUUAAAGAGCACCGUAUCACAAGACUUUUUGGAAAAUUUUAUGCUCAUGUCUAUUGAGAUAGAAUUAUUGAACAUAAUUGACUUAACAAAAGUGCUCAAAUUUAAUAUUGGUAGCCGUAUCAAUCACACAAUGUUUUGGAAGAGUCUAACACCUCAUCCGACCAAACCAACCGUCUUGUAA